AUGAGCCAUGAUGCUCAAGUCCGAGGGACCUCGCUCCUUCGCCUCCUUACGAUCUCUCGUGCUCUGAUUCUGCUUUCUGUGCUGGCUCAGUCUCGCAACGACGCCGUGACGAUGGCCGUGCCACUCCCGGGCGCGCCGAACCAGCUCUCGGACGCAGACACGACCCCCUCGUCCUCGGCUUCAUCGACCUCGUCUUCUCUCCUCUCGAAAGUCCGCAGGCGCAUCUCGACGCGGGGAAAGGGGACGAGGUCCUUCGAGGCUAUCAGGGGACACUUGCCGAAGAGCUUGAGGAGCGGGAACGGGAGCGAGGCGGGAGAGGAGGGAAGUACGAUGGGCGACGAGUUGCUCGCGUAUACGAUUGCGCCGCCUGAUCACCGUGAGAACACCGCGCUCCAUGCCAUCAUGGACUCUCUCCCUUCGCUCGGCUCCCUUCACGCACCCAGCAUCUCCCUCCCGUCCAUCCGGUCUACACCACACGUCGCCUCGUGCUUCACCGCCGAAGGCUACGACUCGGACGAAGACUCGUCUUCUCCCCCUCCCACACCUCCAGCAGCCGACCUCGACCCUUCCUCCGGCGUCUCUCCCUCUCGCCGUGGCUACACAUCCAACAACCCCGCAACGACCUCCGCACCACCCUUCCCGCGCCGCUCAUCCGACCCCAAACCCUCCACCUCCAGCUCCUCCUCAGAUCCGCUCGACCGCCUCUACGGCAAUGUCCUCAUGCUAGGCGGCUACCGCGGUUCCGUCCUCCGCGACGCCAAAACUCGCAAGCGGUUGUGGAUCCCGCUCAAAGUCGGGUUUGGCAUCAGGAAGGCGGAUUUGGGUCUUGGGUUGGAGGAGGUGGAUGAGGAGAGGGCGGGAGAGAGGGUCGUUGCGAGUAGUAUGUUGACGCAGGUUGGGGGGAUGAUUGAUCUGGGGAAGAAACUCAAGGAACGACUAAAGCAGGUCUCGUCGUACCAACGCCACCACCCACCGCCCGACCCUCUCCUCCACCCACCCGUCCACUUUCAGACCUUCGGCUACGACUGGUGCCUCUCCCUGCAACGUUCCUCCGCCGCACUCCUCGCCCACCUCGAGCAGCUCAAAGCCGAGUCGGCCGCGCGAGGCGAAGGGCCUGACGGUCUCGGGCUGGGCGCGACAGUCGUAGCGCACUCGAUGGGCGGCCUCGUCCUCCUCCACGCCAUCGCGCGUGCCAAGGACCCUUCCGUCGUCCGCGGCAUAGUCUUCGCCGGCACGCCGUGGCAAGGAUGCGUCAACACCCUUGGCCCAUUUAAGCUCGGCGGCGGGAUCGCGCUCAAUACGAAAGUCGGAGCGCCCGAGAUUGUAUUUUCGUGGAGGAGCGGGUUCUACUUCCUCCCUCCGCCGAUAUCGCUUUCGAAUCCUCAGCCAGGGGGAAACAACGAUGAGUAUCCGGACUCGUGUACGGGCGAAGCGGUGACGGACGAACCGGAGUCGAUUCCCCUGCCAAGCGACUCGCUCGUACCCGCCGUGGGCUCGACCGCUACAGUCCCUCGCUCGACCUCUUCCUCCUCUCGCUCUCCCUCUCCCUCCCGCCCUCACUCCUCCAAACGCGCAACCUCGAUCCCCCUCCUCUCCCUCCUGCACAACUCCUUCGAGUCCCCCUCCGGCCGCCCCCUCGCGCUCAACCUCUUCUCCCCUCAAACAUGGGCCACGCACGCGUUGAGCCCUGUGAGCGCAGGAAUGGACUUUGCGCAUCCUUCGAGGCCUGUUCAGAAGGUUGUCAGCCGGGGGGGAGCGGGAGGAGGAGGAGGUGGGUUGCUGGCCGGCGGUCCGGGGAAUCUUGGUGAGAGUGAGGCAGGCGCGACGGAGGCUGUCGAAGCUGCGGAGGGGGUACAGAGCGCGCUUGAGGGUGUUGCGGAGCGAUUGGGCGGAGAGGACGAGGGUGAGGGGGACUCGAGUAGGGAGGGUUCGGAGGUGGGUGUUCCGACGGUGGGUGUAGGGACGGGCGCGAUGGAGCCGACGGGCGAGGAGAACGAAAUGGCGCAGAGAGAAGAGAUGGAGAGGUUGGAGAAGCAGGCAAAGGAGGUUGAGACGGUGGGGCGGUACCUCGAGCGGACGCUGCAGCGGGCGAGGGAGUUCCAGGAAGACCUCGUCAACCUCUACGACCCAGCCAAAGCGCACCUCUACCCUCCCAUCGCGAUCCUCACCUCUCGCAAGACGCCGACCGUCCGCGCAGUCUGCGCAACAUCCGAGAAGCACGUCGCGAUCGAGGGGUACCAGCGGUUACUCUGGGCUGAAGGCGACGGUAUCGUCCUCUACGAAUCAGCGACCCGUCUUCCGGGCGACCCCGAACUCGCAGGUCGACCACGCACAGGCAAGCCAGAGACGGACAGGUGGAUGGCGCAUCUCAAGGGUGUCGUCGAGACUUCGAACGGGCAUGUUGGGAUGCUGGGAGACUUGGAUGGUGUGCGGAAGUGCGUCGAGUUGAUCUACGGGUGA